GGCUAUUUCAUCCUCAGCAAAAGAUCGCGAACGGACAGUGGUCAACCUUCAUCAUUGGCGAGGUUGAAAAAGAAAAAGGGGUCAGUGCACCUUGCUCAAAAAAAGACAAAGAAACCAUUCAUCCUCUCUUCAUCCAUCGAGCAAUUGCCGAAAUGACGCAGCAUCAAUACCAGCAAUUCCGAAAGGACGGCAUUAUUGAACACGUUUGUGUUAGAAUUGUCUCCACUUCUGCAAGCAAUGGUGGCCCAUCCUGCUAUGUGACCUUGCAAGAUAUUCGAGACGUGUUUCCAAACGCACAACGAUUCAAGCUAGACGGACUUCCUAUCCCGUUCCUUGUAGACUCUAGUGGCAGCAGAAUCGAACCGCUGCGCAUUGCGUUCUAUCCUUACAAGGUUCUGGAUGUAAUUGCAGAAGAACCACAGCUCAGUAACGCUAACAGCGGUAGCACUGCUGGCAUUUGUUUGCCCACAUCGGGGAGGUCGGCAAAUCUCGACAGACUUACUACUCUUCAAAAGCAUACUCAUGCUAUCCUCAUCCAGAAUUUAGAGCUUCAUGAUUGUACAAUCCCUCGACUAUUCAUAAUGUUGCCUGUCGACCACACCAAUUGGGACCCGUUGAACAUCCUGAAGAACAAGCUCCGCCUUCAUUUUCUAUGCGAAUGUGGGGGCUAUACUGCAAACACGAGCGAGAGCAGCCAGAACCAAAUCCAUAUUGCCAAGCACGACGGAUAUGAAGUCCGAAACAGCAUAGAGUUCUUUCGCAAAUAUGGGAAACGCAUGCUCAUCCUCUUACAAUGGCUUAAAGUAGCAAUACCCUCAUCUGCUUCCCUGGCACCGGUCCCACAUCUGGUCGAUGCCGGCAUUGAUUAUUCAAUUGACUAUAUAGAGGCGCUCUCUAAGGAGAAUCUGACCUUGAACAACAUCAACAAAAUCGAUGACUAUGAACCACUUGAAGGAGCCGAUCCACAACAACUACUCUCAUUCCUCCGAACCAACGAUGAGGAUGAGCGACUUGGCAACUUGUACAAGAUCAUGACCGAAACAGGCCGUGUUAAAUGGAUUUGUGUCGACCACUAUCGUUUGGCAUAUAAAGAAGAGGAACAAAAGGCAUUUGAAGGUGUAGUGGGGGAGAAUAGAGGCAACUAUGACUUACACCUUGGUAAAGUGAUGAUCAUAUUGAGAUCCAAAGUCAGAGCUGAGGAAUUUUUUACUGCCCUGGCGAAUGUAAGACAUGUUUACGAGCUGGAUAUCACAUUCGACUGGGAUUGGACCGUGAAUGAGCUUGAAGCAUUCGAGAGUGCUUUGAAAGUGUCAAGCAUAUCGGUUCUUCGGCUUGAUAUUGGUCGGUUUCAAAAAAGUAUCAAUGGGGAAGUGCUUUCAACGUCUAGGCAAUAUGACGCACUUGUUCGUAUCAUAAAACUCAACAAUAUGAAAACGAUUCAUAUUACUCUAUCGCCGGAUCUCAUAAAACUCCCCAGCCUACGACCCAAACAAUCGUCACAACUUCAUAAGUUAUCCUUUGGGAUGAGUUUUCGAUCGAUUGGAGCCAGUGAAUUACUAUUAAUUGUAAAUUCACUAAAGAAGAACAUGGCUUUAACCACACUGGCCUUGAACGACAAUUCAAUUCGGAAUGAAGGAGCUCUAGCACUGUCAGAAGCGCUCAAAAAUAAUACAGUUUUGACUACUUUGGACCUGAGUAACAACUCAAUUGAUGAAUAUGGGGCUGCGGCAUUAUCAGAGGCACUCAAGACCAACACAAUGUUGACUACUUUGAAUUUAUGUGGCAGCCUAAUUGGAGAUGCAGGAGCUCAGGCACUCUCAGAGGCGCUUAAAGUUAACACCACUUUGACUACUUUGGACUUGAGUGACAUCAAUAAUUUCGCGUCAUGGAUUUUCAGAAUUGAGGACCGAGGAACCUUAGCACUGUCAGAGGCACUCAAGGUCAACACGGCUCUGACCACCUUGAGAUUGAGGGGCAACUUUAUUGGAAAUGAAGGGGCUCUUGCAUUAUCAGAAGCACUCAAGAUUAACAAGACUUUGGCCACCUUGGACUUGGAGAGAACCUUGGUUGGGGAGGAAGGAGCUCUGGCAUUAUUAGAGGCGCUCAAGAUUAACACUACUUUAACCACUUUGGAAGUAGAUAGAGAGAAAAUCGGGGCUAGAAGAGCUUCGGCAUUAUCAGAGGCACUCGAGGCUAACGCAGCAUUGACUUUUUAUUGAUAUGGGCGUUGCACCCGAUAACUAGGGGCCCCGGGGACUGUUAGAGACGCUCGAUAUUGGUUGAUCGACUCUGGUUUAUUUGAUGGCUGAAAUAAUAUUCAAGG